AAGAACCUCAAAGCACUGGAAUUUCUACCUUUGAUCUAUUUUCGAUUUCCUAGAGAUACUAAUCGCUACAAUUUGAUUAGUGAGGAGCAGAGUUUAACUGUGCUUGAUACUAUAAAGCUUUAAGAUGUCAAACAGUGACUGGCCGAUCACUUCUGUCACUGUGGUGACAGAUCCAUCAAAAUGUCCAGCAGGAUUCACCAUUAUUGACAAAACAUAUGACAAGAGAGAUGAUGCUGACCUGUGGAGGGAUGGGUACUUUGGGAAGCGUAUAUGUCGCUAUAUGUGUGUGGAGAGAUCUGCACCCUCAAUAAAUAAAGACGUACUGGUAGAUGUAGCAGUGAUCAAUGAUAAAGAUCCGAUUCCUGCUGGUUUUACCUGUAUAGACUCCACCAGUGAUUCUCGUGAGAAGGCCAUGAAGAAGAAGAUGCUGUGUGUGAGAUACAUGUCCUGCACUCUCACUAACGAUGCCAUUGCUGAACUCAUUAUCCUGUCUAAGGGUGUGCGACGCCCACCUAACGGCUACAACCUAGUAGGAGAACUAAAUAACAUGGCACUUUGUUUCAAGAUGGCAGCAUUUCGUUCUCCUACAACCGACACACAGCAAAACAAUGCAGCUCCAACAUACAUGCCGAACACGCCUAACUACAAUAAAGAAUCUCCCCUGAAUAACAUGGGAGGUGUUGGGACAGCUCUACCAUAUGCUAUCAACCCUGCAGCAAACCAUGCCAGACCAGGACUUGACAGAACCAACAGUAUUGCUGGUAUGGGCAGUAAUCACCAACAAAACCAUGUACACAAUGGUUCCCAACAAGUGGUACAAGCUUUAUCUGGUGUGCCCUGGCAGAUAAAUCCACGCUACACUGAAAUGGCCAGGCUACAGGAUAUUACACUUCCUCAGAUUGGUUACAAGUCAAUCAUGGACAUAGAAAAUGAGUAUUCCUAUUCUUUCAACAUUGAAAGAUCAGUCUCAACCAAUAGCUAUGAAUGAUUGGUCAAAUUUGAAAGUCAAAGGUCAUUGCAUUUUCAACCACAGAAGAACAUGCAAAAGAAAUUAUGUGCUUGUACACAAGACAGAGUGAUUAUAAAUACACAAGAGACAAAGAUGCUUGCUUUCACUAAAAGCUCUUCUGCAGUAAGUGUAAUGACAUAGACAAACAUUGUGCUUGUAGCAUGUAAUUAGCCAAAGGAAAUCAUGUGUGGCAGAAUUUGGAAAACUAGUCUGUUUACCUUGUUGUGUGGAGACACAGAGGAUUUAUAUCAUGUGAGAAAGUUCAUGACACAAAGGAUAUCAAUUCAUUUCCCUGAUAUCAGAGGAAGGCACUCUCCAAGAGUCCAGGGACACAGAGGAUAUCCAGUCUGUGAGAGGACAUUUCCCUGACAUCUGAGGGAGGCACUCUCCAAGAGUCCAGGGACACAGAGGAUAUCCAGUCUGUGAGAGGACAUUUCCCUGACAUCUGAGCGAGGCACUCUCCAAGAGUCCAGAGACACAGAGGAUAUUCAGUCUGUGAGAGGACAUUUCCCUGACAUUUGAGGAAGGUACUCUCCAAGAGUCCAGAGACACAGAGGAUAUUCAGUCUGUGAGAGGACAUUUCCCUGACAUUUGAGGAAGGCACUCUCCAUGAGUCCAGGGACACAGAGGAUAUCCAGUCUGUGAGAGGACAUUUCCCUGUGAUCUGAGGGAGGCACUCUCAUAGAGUAGAGGGACACAGACAAUAUGCAGUCUGUGAGAGGACAUUUCCCUGACAUCUGAGGGAGGCACUCUCCAUGAGUCCAGGGACACAGAGGAUAUCCAGUCUGUGAGAGGACAUUUCCCUGACAUCUGAGGGAGGCACUCUCCAAGAGUCCAGCGACACAGAGGAUAUCCAGUCUGUGAGAGGACAUUUCCCUGACAUCUGAGGGAGGCACUCUCCAAGAGUCCAGCGACACAGAGGAUAUCCAGUCUGUAAGAGGACAUUUCCCUGACAUUUGAGGAAGGUACUCUCCAAGAGUCCAGAGACACAGAGGAUAUUCAGUCUGUGAGAGGACAUUUCCCUGUGAUCUGAGGGAGGCACUCUCCAAGAGUCCAGAGACACAGAGGAUAUUCAGUCUGUGAGAGGACAUUUCCCUGACAUUUGAGGAAGGCACUCUCCAUGAGUCCAGGGACAUAGAGGAUAUCCAGUCUGUGAGAGGACAUUUCCCUGUGAUCUGAGGGAGGCACUCUCAUAGAGUAGAGGGACACAGACAAUAUGCAGUCUGUGAGAGGACAUUUCCCUGACAUCUGAGGGAGGCACUCUCCAAGAGUCCAGGGACACAGAGGAUAUCCAGUCUGUGAGAGGACAUUUCCCUGACAUCUGAGGAAGGCACUCUCCAAGAGUCCAGCGACACAGAGGAUAUCCAGUCUGUGAGAGGACAUUUCCCUGACAUCUGAGGGAGGCACUCUCCAAGAGUCCAGGGACACAGAGGAUAUCCAGUCUGUGAGAGGACAUUUCCCUGACAUCUGAGGGAGGCACUCUCCAAGAGUCCAGCGACACAGAGGAUAUCCAGUCUGUGAGAGGACAUUUCCCUGACAUCUGAGGGAGGCACUCUCCAAGAGUCCAGCGACACAGAGGAUAUCCAGUCUGUGAGAGGACACUGCCUUGGUAUCUAAAAGAUAUCCACACUCAAUCUUUAAAUGUUUUGCAUUCCUGAGGAUACAAGGGAGUCCAUUGUUUUAAUGAAAACUUUCGUGGUACCUGGGAUAUAAAGGCAAUGCUGUGUUUGAACAGACAUCAACAUAUUUCAUGUGUGAAAGAUAUGGAAGUGGAAAUUCAUAUUUUUUCAUAGGAUAUCCUGUGUUUGGUAGCCUGUCAUUUUGUUAAAUUGAUUUUUUAAACACAUUUCUUUAAUUAACAAAACUUUUAAUCUAGGUUUUUACCCAAUAUCUUAUACUUGUCUUCUAGAUGUAUGUUGGUUUGAUAGGUUUACAUCCUCUCCAUGACACAAAAGUCAAAUUAACCUCAUCUACUUCUGGUGUAAUGUAUCAGUAGGUGAAUGUCUAUCAGUAACCUGAUCAGGUCAGUGCAAUCAAGAAGUCUUAUUUUAUGUUCAUGUAGGUGCAGUAGCAUAUCAGAAAAAAGACUGAAAAUACACAUGGUGUGUGAGCUGUUCAGUCUUUAUAUGGUCACUUGAUUUACUCAUGGGGAGGGGUUUUGAGUGGCAGGGCCAUUUGUCAUCACUGAGUGCAAAAUACAUUUUUUACCUCCCAGAAAUUAUUUUGAGGGAGGGAAACUUUAUAGUUAUCUUCAGCCUAUUGGGAUUAAUGGAAUUUUUACUUGUGAAGGGACUUAUCCUCCAGGGUUCACUGGUAUAUCAUUGUCACACUGUGUCCUAGAACUUAAUGAUAGAUUAGGACUGGUCACUGAAUACUUGCCUCCAUGUUCCUAUUUAGUUUUCAUUUGUCAGUCAAGCUUUAUAUUUCCAUAGAAAACAAUAUCUGUAAUAUGGGUGCUUGUAGUGAUGAUUAUUAUAAUCAAUAGAAUAUAUUGCCCUGCAUAUUAAUUUGUCAUUUUUACUGUUAGAAACUUCUGCCUCAUAACUAGGAACUUAUCAGAGUAACUAAAUUUGCAUAUUUGAAUGCAGAUUCAGAGUAUAAUGUUAAAAACAAUACCAUAUUAUUUAUUGGUUGUUGUUCAGUCUACACAGUAAAAUUAUCACAAUGGUGGAAUUCUUCGUUAAACUUCAUUUCCAUUUUUGGCCUUUUUAAAAUGAUAUGAAUUUAUUGAUACAUGUAUCCUGUCUGUAUAAUCUUCCUGUUUAUCAUUCUUCUGCUUUCAUGUUUUGUAAAGCAACACUACUCUAACAGUCAUAUUAUCCUCAGAAUAAUUAGAUAUCUGUGUGUUUGUGUAUUUUAUAAAUGCUUUAAGACUGUGGAAUCUAUCUCUUUCCGAAGAGAUUCCAUAACUACUUAAAAACCUGUAAAAUGUCUACUAGUAGUAGUCAUAGUUAUUCACCUGUAAAAAAUCUAAAAGUCUGAUUUAUACACCUGUAAAAUAUCUAAAAGUCUGAUUUAUACACCUGUAAAAUAUCUAAAAGUCUGAUUUAUACACCUGUAAAAUGUCUAAAAGUCCGAUUUAUACACCUGUAAAAUAUCUAAAAGUCUGAUUUAUACACCUGUAAAAUAUCUAAAAGUCUGAUUUAUACACCUGUAAAAUAUCUAAAAGUCUGAUUUAUACACCUGUAAAAUAUCUAAAAGUCCGAUUUAUACACCUGUAAAAUAUCUAAAAGUCCGAUUUAUACACCUGUAAAAUAUCUAAAAGUCCGAUUUAUACACCUGUAAAAUAUCUAAAAGUCCGAUUUAUACACCUGUAAAAUAUCUAAAAGUCUGAUUUAUAAACAUGUAAAAUAUCUAAA